AUGGUUGCCAAGCUGGGGCGGGUAAGCUGGGGAGCAGACGCGGCUAAGACACGUCAGUUCGCCGUCAGAUCGGCGGAUAAGCGCGACAGAGAGAAAUGGAGCGACCCCCGGGGCGGGACCGCGAUAAAUAAGGAGGAAAAAGGCGGACACGCGGAUAACCCAGUAUGUCACUGGGAUUACGCUCGCCGGCCCGUAUUUGAA